GAAAAAAUAAUGUCCACACCGCAGUAUAGGCCUCCGAAGGAAAUUCAAGACUUGCUAGACCAAAAGGAGCAACAGCAGGCGAAUCAGCGCAGGCGAACCGCUGUGCUGCCCAAACGCUCGUGGAUUCAGCGAAAUCCACGCCUGUUCCAGAUCUCCUUCAUCACAGGCUCACUGCUGGUUUUCUUCUCCAAGCCCCUGUUUGACUGCUUUAUCGCCGAUCCUCUGCCGCCGCCGGAGACCAAAGUGCCGCCUCACAAGCGCUGAGCUGAGGCAUGGAAUCGGUGC